AUGCUUACCGAACGAAAAAUUCUAGGCUAUAUACAACUACGCAAAGGCCCCAACGUUGUAGGCCCCUACGGGCUACUACAACCCUUCGCUGACGCCAUAAAACUCUUCACCAAAGAGCCCCUAAAACCCGCCACAUCUACCAUCACCCUCUACAUCACCGCCCCGACCUUAGCUCUCACCAUCGCUCUUCUACUAUGA